AUGCAGCGUCUCUUCACGCAGGGCCGCAAGGAGGCCGAGGCGCCUGCGACGCCCGAGGGCGUCACGGCGACCAGCGCGAUGAGCGGCGACGCGGGCAGCCCCGCCAGCGCGACGGAGGAGGUGUCCUCGGAGGGGAACGGGUCCACGAGGCCCGACGAGGGCGCUCUCGAGGGCGGAAAGAGCGUCAUGGACCACCGGAAGCACAAGCUCUUUACCGAGGAAUUCGGGCUCCCGGAGGACGAAGUGUACCUGGACGACUUCGCCUGCGCGCUCAAGGCGCGCUUUCUGCAGCAGGGGCGGCUGUACGUCUUCUCGAAGCACGCGUGCUUCCACUCGAGCCUCUUCGGCAACACGAAGAUCAUCGUGUUCGAGUUCGCGAAGAUUGUCGGCAUCGACAAGGCCAAGAACGUCGGCCUGCCAAACACGAUCAAGAUACAGUACAAUGGCAAGCAGCGUGCCUUCACGUCGUUCAUCAAGCGCGACGCCGCGUACGACAUCCUCGCUCGCGCGUGGAGCACGAACUCGGAGCUGGGACGCAAGUACCUCCUGGGCUCGAUGAGCAAGCGCGACCUCAUGCGGGCCGCGGAGUCCUCCGGCCUCGACAGGAAGGACGGCGACGACUCGGGCGACGACGGCGAUUACGACGACGAGGCGGACGCGCACGGCAUCGAUUGGGAGCCCCUUGCGGAGCCCCUCCCGGCGAUGGACGCCGCGGUCGUCAAGGACGCGCAGGUCGUCGUGGAGAAGAACUUCCGCUGCUCCGCGAUGCGCUUCUUCAACGUCCUGCUGUCGGACGAGUCCAACUUCCAGCAGUCCUUCUCUGCGGAUGUACUGAAGGACUGGGACAUCGCGAUCACGGACUGGAAGCAGGUCAAGGAGGGGGUGCCGAAGUACGUCCGCGACUUCUCGUUCAUGAAGGCCCUCAAGGUCAAGGCCCCCGGCGCGCCCUCCAAGACCAUGUGCCAGCAGUCGCAGCAGCUGCAGCUCUUCAAGGACGGCGAGGACGACGUCGUGCUGCUCGAGUGCUCCCAGAUCAUGCCCGACAUCCCCUUCGGCGACUCCUUCAGCGUGCAGCAGCGCUGGGAGAUCACGGAGUCGUCCGGGGGCAACACGUCGCUCAAGAUCUGGGUGUGGAUCCCGUUCACGAAGAGCACGAUGUUCAAGGGCAUGAUCCAGAAGACGACCUUCGCGGAGACGCGCGAGGUCAUGGCCAAGUGGGCCGCCAACGCCGACAAGCGCCUCAAGGCCGGCCGCCGCAAGGGCGGCGCCGCGGACGAGGACGAGGAGGAGGACGAGAGCUUGUCGCCGGCGGUGCGCGCGCUGCUGAAGUCGAUUCCGAAGGAGCACCAGGCGACGGUGCGGCAGAUGCUGGUGCUGGCUGGCGCCAGCAGCGGCAGCAACGACGCGGUAAACACGGCGGGCGGGCUCGGCGCGAUCUUCGUGAACGUGGUCGAGGGCUUCGUGAAGAUCCUGAACCGCAUCGUGAGCACGCUGCUGAUGCGCAGCGGCGACGAGUGCGUGGUCAUCUCGCGGCGCACGCUGGUGGUGAUCGCGAGCUCGCUCAUGCAGGCGCUCUUCCUGUUCCACACGCUGACCGUGCUGUGGGUGUUCCACUCCAACAACGUCGUGCGCAUCCCCGGGUUCAGCGCUGCGGGGAGCCUGCUCGGGGUGCCCCACGCGGAGACGCCAGCGCUGAGCGGGCAGCCGCCCGCGGACGCCUGCGAGGGCAUCGUCGAGCAGCUACAGGCCAUGCAGGAGCAGAUCGCCAAGCUAGGCAAGAAGUGA